AUGGGUUUUUAUGGACUUUUAUGGAUCCCAACUGUUUCCUACAAUCAGCCAAAAUUUUGUCCAAAUGCAUCGUGGAAUUCAACAGCUAUAACAUUUGCAACUAACACCACGGUCGGUACAUAUCCGUUUGGUAUUUUUAUCAAUACGAAUAACACUGUCUACGUAGCUAAUCGAUUAACUCAUAUGAUCGUUGUAUGGCUGCAAGGAAGUAGUAUACCUACAAGAAAUAUUUCUGGCAAUCUAAGCUAUCCAGCUAGUCUCUUCGUUACGGAUACUAAUGAUAUUUAUGUUGAUAAUGGAUAUGCAAACAGUCGAGUUGACAAAUGGUCAUUCAAUUCAACAAGUAGUGUUCCAGAAAUGUAUGUAUGUGAAGCGUGUCUGGGUCUCUUCAUCGACAUCAACAAUACUCUUUACUGUUCAAUGUUUAAUCGUCAUCAGGUUAUCUCAAAAUCACUGACAAAUCGUUUAAAUGUAUGGAGUAUCAUCGCUGGCACCGGUAUUGCUGCAUUGGCAUCAGAUACACUUUAUAAUCCUUGGGGAAUCUUCGUUGAUACCAAUUUCAAUUUGUAUGUGGCAGAUAGUGGAAACAAUCGGAUUCAACUUUUUAAAUCAGGACAAUUAAUUGGAACAACAUUAGCAGGUACCGGAGCAACAGGAACCAUCGAUCUGUUAUAUCCAACUUCAGUUGCGCUUGAUGCUGAUGGAUAUCUUUUCAUUGUUGACUGUCAAAACCAUCGUAUUGUUUCUUCAGGACCAAAUGGGUUUCGUUGUUUAGGAGGAUGUUCGAAUACUGCUGGUUCAACAGUUUCACAAUUAUAUUAUCCGACAAGUCUUAGUUUUGAUACCGAUGGGAAUAUAUUUGUUACUGAUCAAUACAAUCAUAGAAUUCAAAAGUUUCUUUUGAUAACAAAUUCAUGUAGUGCUACAACAACGGUAACAACUAUGACUACUGUAAUAACUUCAAUGAAUAGUAUUCAAACGGUUCCUUUAACAACAUCUGUUUUUCAAAUAAGUUCUACAACUAUAUCUUCUUCAAAACUUCUUUCAUACAAUCUACCAAAAUUUACUGCCUAUACUUUUUGGAAUUCCAGUGGAAUAACUUUUGCAAGCUUCCCUAGUGGCACAUAUCCUUAUGGUGUAUUUGUUGAUAUUAAUAAUACUGUUUAUGUAUGUGAGAAUUAUUUACAUCGUGUUCAAGUGUGGCCCGAAGGUAGUAGUACGCCUACAAGAACUAUUACUGAUAAUUUAAACUCUUCAUAUACCAUCUUCGUUACAAUUAAUGGUGAUAUUUAUAUUGAUAAUGGUUAUGCAAAUAAACGAGUAGAUAAAUGGACAUUAAAUACAACAAAUAGUGUUCCAGUUAUGUAUGUUAAGGACAUUUGUUGGGGCCUUUUUGUCGAUAUUCAUAAUAAUAUUUAUUGUUCAUUGAAUACUGAGCAUCAAGUGAUUACAAAAUCAUUGAUGACUAAUUCAAGUAUAUGGACAGUAGCUGCUGGAACCCAUUGUAAUGGAUCAACAUCGAAUACACUUUAUUAUCCUUGUGGAAUAUAUGUUGAUAUUAAUUUGAAUUUAUAUGUUGCAGAUUGUGGCAAUAAUCGAAUUCAAUUAUUUCCAUCAAAUCAAGUAAAUGGAAUAACAGUAGCAGGAACUGGAGCAAUAGGAACUAUUAAUUUGAAUUGUCCUACUGGAAUUGUUCUUGAUGCUGAUGGUUAUCUCUUCAUUGCUGAUAGUGCCAAUCAUCGUAUUGUUGCCUCCGGACCAAAUGGAUUUCGUUGUGUAGUAGGUUGUUCUGGUAGUACUGGUUUAGCAUCUGAUCAAUUAUAUUAUCCAGCAACUAUAAGUUUUGAUAGUUAUGGAAAUAUGUUUGUUGUUGAUGAUUGGAAUCAUCGAAUUCAAAAGUUUCUUAUAACAAAUAUCUCUCCGACAGCACCGACCACCAUUGAAACCACUGCAGGUCUAAUCACAAGUGCCGCUCAAUCUACUACAGUUCUGAUUACAAGUACCAUUCAAACUACGGUAGCUUCAACCGCCAGUACCAUCCAAACCACUGCAGUUCCAACAACAAGUGCUGUUGAAACUACUGUAGCUCCAACAACAAGUGUUAUAGAAACCACUUCGAUUCCAACAACGAGUGUUAUGGAAACCACUUCGAUACCAACAACAAGUGUUAUAGAAACCACUUCGAUUCCAACAACAAGCGUUAUGGAAACCACUUCGAUUCCAACAACAAGUGUGAUCGAAACCACUACAGUUACAACAACAGGUGCCAUCGAACCCACUUCGGUUUCGGCCACAAGUGCUGUUGAAAGCAUUUCACCUUCGGCCACGAGUACCAUCGAAACUACUGUAGUUCCAACUACAAAUGUCAUCGAAAGCACUGUACUUCAAAAAAUAAGUAGCGUUGAAAGUAGUGCACUUCCGACUACAAGUGCUGUUGAAACUACUCUAAUGCCAGUGACUACUGCAGUCGAAACCACUGCAACUUCAACCGCAACAAGCUUUCCAACAGAUAAAAUAAGUACAUAUGUCAUUCAAACAAUGGAUACCAAAAGUACAACUCAACUUGAAAAUGAAGAAUCUUCUUCAAUAGAACAACAUUCAUCGACAGUUACGAUUAUCACAACUUCAGAACCAUUUAGUACAAAUCAAAGUUGUUUUUCACCUAUUAUUACACUGAUUCCUGGACAAUCAUCUUUAAUAUCUCCAUUACAAUAUCGACGAAGUCAGGAUUUUUCUAUUAUUUCAAUUCUUCAAUUGAAUUGUGAUAGUUCACUUUCGAUAAUUACUAAAUGGACAAUAAAGAAUUGUAGUUCUAUUUGUUCAUUCGAAAUAGAAUUAAAUGAAAAAGUUCUUACAACACUUAGUGAACUUUAUAUUCCAUCAAGAACUUUGCCUUAUGGUGUUUAUGAACUAGCAUUAACUGUCACAAUGCUUGAUUUACCAAAUUUAAAAUCCACAUCUGCUACUUAUGUGAGAAUAACUGCAUCAGGUAUAACAGCAAAUCUUCUUCAAUUAGGAACAUCAAUGAUUACACGUGGGAAUCAACAAGAUCUUUUACUUGAUCCUGGAACAUUUUCUGUUGAUCCUGAUGAAGAUUCAUUUGAUGCUAGUAAAUGGAAAUAUGAAUAUUAUUGUCGAAUUUAUGGUUUAUCUAAUUUUCCAAAUUUGCAAGGCAUAUUGUUAUCAAUUGAUGAUUCAAGAAUUGAUCCUUUGAAUCCAUCAUGUAUAUCAAAUCGAUUAGGUAAUAGAACAACAGUGUUAUAUGGAAAUUCAACUUUAUCACCAAAAUCAUCUGUAACAAUUCUUUCUGGUUCACUUCGAUCAAAUCAAAUAUAUCAAUUUAUGGUUUAUAUGGAAAAUCGUAAAAAUUCUUCUAUUCAAGCAACUGGUUAUGCAUUUGUACAAGUCGAAGAUACUCGCCCACAAUUAAUUGCUAUUGGUUGUGCUAUAUCAACAAUGUGUGUUCCAAAUCUUGAAUUUCAACUUAUUAAUCCAACAACACAAGUUGCUCUAUUUACUAUAUGUAUUGGAAAUUGUAUAAAUAUUCAAAACAUAACAUGGAAUAUUUAUCAAGGUUCAGAAAAUUCAUCUUCAAAUGUUACUCAAUGGAUUUUGUUUAAUCAAAUGAUUUCAUAUGAAAAUAUUUGGUUUUUUGGAAGAAAUACGAGUAACUUCACAGCAACGAAUCAAUUAUUUCUUGAUAAUCCUCAAAUAAUUCUUUGGCGAUUUGAAGUUGUUUAUACUUUUGUAACUGAAACAAGUUCAAGUGCAUUGAAUUUUAUUAUCAAUCAACCUCCAUUUAAUGGUUCUUGUUCAAUUAAUCCUUCUAAUGGUACAACAAGUACUUUAUUUACUGUUUCAUGUACAAAUUGGUUUGAUGAAGAUGGAAUCAAAGACUAUUCUUUCUAUGCUUGGACAAAAGAUCCAUCAAAACGAGUUAUGAUUGCAUUUUCACCAAUAUCAGAUUUUCAAGUUCGAUUACCAGCUGGAGAUAAUCAAACAUCAUUACUUAAUAUUGUUAUUUAUAUUCAAGAUCUUCUUGAUUGUAUUACAGAAGUUAAUAUGUCUUCUAUUAGUAUUAUAUCAGAUUCAAUAGAAAUUAUGAAUUUAAUUAAUAAUCUACAAAGUUCAUCAAAUGAAAUAAAUAAUAAUCCAAUUGUUCAAUUACUUUCUAGUCAAAAUCAAAAUAUUGUUGGACAACUCAUCAUUUCACUUUCACAGCAAUUUAAUCAAAUGAAUACUGAAAGUGUAGCUAACGCUAUUUCAAAUGGUAUUCCAGCGGCAAGUAUUUCAGUAUCACCAUUAGGAAGUCAAACUUUACAAUGGUCUUCAAUACCGUUGAAUAAAUCAGCAUUAAUUGAAUAUAAUAAAGAAUUAAAUUCUCAAGCAAAUGUUCGAGAUUUUCUAAUGCCAUUUACAACUAAUCUUGCUAUUACAACAGCAAAUAGUAUCAAAUUACAAUCAACAUCAUUAGCUCAAUUGACUCAAGCAACAAAUCAAUUAACACGAACAGCUUCAAUGCUUGCAUCAAAUAAAUGUUAUCAAUUAUCUGUUGCUUUAUAUUCAAUGGCAACAAAAAUUUCAUAUGAAGAUGUUCAAAUAGCAUCAAUUCAACUUAUUCAAUGUGUUUCAAAUGUUUUAACUGCAAUUAAUAGUCCAUUACAAGAAAGAACAAGUUUACUUGAUUUAGAUUUAUCUCGUGCAAAUUCUUUUCCAAUUGAUUAUGAGACUGAUCUUGAAUCUGAAUGGUCGAAUUUAAAUUUAUUUUCUGAUGAAAAUGAUUUUUCAAUUGAAACAAUUGAAAAAAAUCGAAAUAUUUAUUAUCAAAAACAAUUAGCAAAUGAAAUAAUGAUUCAAUCAAUUAAAACUAUUUCAUUAUUAACAUCUUCAUUAAAUAUUCAUAUAAAUAUUGGUCAAAAUUUAAUAAUAAAUACAUCUCAAACAUUUAUGUCAUUAGAAACAAUUCAAAUUAAUUCUCUUUCAAAUAAACAAAUUCAACAAGUUGGAAAUGCUCGAUUUAAUAUUCCUGAAAAUUUUUCUUUAAAUACAAUUAAUAAUUCUUCAAUUUCACUACGAUCAAUAAUGAAACCACUUGCUUCAUUUGGUAAUUCAAAAUCUAAUUCAAAUACAAAUGUUUCAACAUCAAUUUCACUUUCAAUUCUUGAUCAAUAUGAAAAUGAAAUUUCUAUUGAAACAAAUUCAAAUAAUCGAAUUGAAUUAAUUAUUCCUCGUGAUCCAAAUAUAAUUAUUCCAUCAAUGAUUUUUCAAAAUGUAACAUCAAUUAAUUUAACUUCUCAUAAUCAAUUAUUUUAUUUACAAUAUAUUAAUAUUACAAAUUCUCUUAGUGUUUCAGUUCAUUUUGAAAUACAUCCUUUAAAUCAAACUCUUGCUUAUUUAUUUAUUUAUAAAUUUGAUCAAUCACCUCACUUAAAUAGUUCAAUUAAUCUUAUCGAUGGAUGGACACUUUUUUGUCCUUCAAAUUUACAUAAUGAAAGUCUUUAUAAAUAUUUUAUUAAUAAUGAACAAACAUCUGGACAUCAAUCAUUAAUAUUUGGUUUACGAGAAUUAAAUUCAACAGAAAUUUUUCAAUUUUGUUUAGAAAAUUCUUCAAUUAUUAAUCCACCUAUAA